AUGAGGUUGGAAAAAUGCUGGUUUUGCUCCUCUACAGUAUAUCCUGGACAUGGGAUUCAGUUUGUUCGUAAUGAUGCAAAGAUUUUUCGAUUCUGUAGAUCCAAAUGCCACAAGAACUUUAAAAUGAAGAGGAAUCCUCGCAAAGUAAAAUGGACUAAGGCCUAUAGGCGUUUGCGUGGAAAGGAUAUGACACAGGACUCAACUUUUGAGUUUGAGAGAAAGAGAAAUAGGCCUGAGAGAUAUGACAGAAAUCUCACAGAAAACACCCUCAAGGCCAUUAAGAAGAUCGACAAAGUCAGAAUCGUCAGAGAGGAAAGACACCAUGAGAAGAGGAUGAAGGACAAGAAAGCCAAGGAGAACAGAGAGGCAGUAAAAGAGUUGGAACAGAGCAUCAGCUUGGUCAAAGCGCCAACUGCACUUCAACAUGAUCCAUCACUCACCUUACCGAUCAAAGUCAAGGUUUCACAACAGCAACCCGAGAAAACUGUUGCCAUGAUGGAGUAA